AUGGGAGCGGCCACACCCGAGGAGCCGCGAGCGCUAAACCUUUUUCGUGGCACAUCAAAGAAUUUGGAACAUAAUGGCAAACUCCUAGAAUAUCUUUCCCUGGUGCCCGGUAAAUCAAGUAAAGAGAGACCGAGAUCGAGUAGUGAAAGUGAGAUCCGAGAUCAAGUAGUGUCCCAGGAUUCCGUGGUACCCUUGGAGAUUAUUGCUCGGGGACCGUCAGCACGCAAAGCAUACCAGAAAGCACUUGAGGAUGGAAAAAUCCAAGUAAGGAGGAUCCCAGUCAUGCUCGUAGGACAAGACAGGUCAGGAAAAACCAGCUUGAAAAAGUCUCUGAAAGGGGAGCGUUUUGAUCCACAAGAAGGGAGUACUGUUGGAAUAGAGGUGGACCCCUUGCAUUUUCAGGUUACAACAGAAAUGUGGAGGUCAGGAGAGAAUAAUCAAGGGGAAAACCCUUGUCAUGCCAUUUCUUAUGAACAUCAGACAGCAAAGUUUAUUCGUGACAAUUUAAAGGAAGAGUUACGCUCACAGGAGCCAACUUCUUUGCUUGGCGCAGAUAAACCCGCAGGAAACGGAACGCCAGAAAAGAAGAAUAGUGAAGAAGAGGAACAGCAGUUCCUUGAGAAUCCAGUUCCAGAAGUUCCUGAUAAAAUAGCCAAAUUGACCAAACGAUUGCUCGAUCUUGAGGUAAAGAAGGAAGUAGAAGAGAUCUUUUCAAUUCUGUGGGACUUUGGCGGACAAUCAGUGUAUUAUGCGACUCAUCCCAUAUUUCUCACUCCAAGAGCAAUCUACUUAUUGAUCUACGACAUGAGCCGAGAUCCCAAUGAGGUGAAAAGUUCUAUUGUUUCCAGACAGGGGAAUGAUUUCAGUGUACAGAGUCCUCUAAACAAUCUGGAGUUCUGGUUGUCAUCUAUCUCUCUUUUGGCUGUUGAGAACAAUGACAUUGAAAACCUGUCAACUAAACUUCCUACAGUGUUCUUGGUUUGUACUCAUGCCGACAAACCUUGUAAUGGUGGUGAUGCUAAAGUGCUAGCCAAACAGUUGCUGGAUUCUCUUCAGAAUAAACCGUUUAGUAAUCAUUUGUACGCCGACGUCUUUGCUGUGGAUAACACCAAGUCGGGCUCUGAACGUGAGUGCGAAGAGGUCGUGCGUCUGAGAACGGAAGUUUGCGCUGUUGCAGAGCAGCUGCUCCAGAGGAAGGAAGAAAUCCCAAUAAAGUGGCUGAAGUAUGAACAGACCCUUCAAGUCAUGCGUGAAGAGGGCUGCAAGUACCUUUUGCUUGAUAAAGCGAAACAGAUUGCUUGUGAAGUCUGCGAUAUCAGAGAUGACGAGUUUGUCACGUUAAUGAACUUCUUACACGACCAAAGAAUUCUGAUUCAUUUUGGUGAAACUCAAGCCUUAAACAAAAUGGUUGUUUUGGAUCCCCAGUGGUUGGUUGAUGUUUUCAAGAAGAUAAUUGCUGCAAAAACCCAUAUUCCUGAAGGGGGAAAGCUCGAAACUCUCUGGUCUGAGUUUGAGAGGACAGGAGUUCUUCAUAAAAGGGUUAUACAACACGCGUGGACCCCUUUUUUCAACCCUGAAGACACCUUUGAAAGCCUUCUCAAGAUCAUGGAAAAGUUUAGCUUGAUCUGUCCUUGGCCUGCAACGAGUUCCGAUGAGCAGUACCUAGUGCCAUCUAUGCUCAAGUCGUACCCAACUGAAGGCGUCCUCGAUUUGCUGUCAUCAGCAAGUCUUCCUUCUCUGUUUCUCAGAUUUGAUUCUGGCCACGUUCCCCAAGGAUUUUUCCCGAGGAUGCUGUUACAGUUUAUCCAGUGGUGCCAUGAAGAGUGGUCCAGCCAAAGACAGCCACAGAUGUUCAACAACUUUGCAAGAUUUUUCACAAGUCUUCGCGAUGGGCAAUCUGUGAUCCUUCUUUGUCAUUCCACUUCGAUUGAGAUCGCAGUUCACAGAAUGGCGCCAUCUGGCAACUCUAUGAAUGCGCAUGUGGAUCCGGAUCAUAAAGCAUCCGACGUUUCAGUAUGCCGAAAAGUGCGAAGGCAACUGGGACUGAUGCUUGAGUGCAUGCGGAAUGAGUUCCACUGGUUGAGGAAUGUCAGAUAUAAGAUGUAUGUGAGGUGCCCAGUCUGUUCUAAUAAGGGGGUAGUACGAUACUGUUGCAAUCAUGACAUGGAAGACUGUAAACGAGAACAUUGCCUCCACUUUUUGUCAGAGGAAGAGUUGCGUAGUUGUCAGCAUCCGUUUGUGUGCCUGAAUUCGGCAGUGGCUAAAGAUGUCAGAGUUGAUAUUAACAGCUUCCAGCCUUGGUUUGAAUUCCUAGAUAAACAGGACCAAGACAACAGUCACGGGUGCAAGGAUUUGCUUCUCCCUUUUUUCAAAGGUUAGUUUCUUACAUGUGUCGUGAAAAUGUUUAUUCAGCUGUUCAUCAAUCAAAGCUGGCCACGUCGUGAAACAAACGAUACUGCCCUUAAACCUUUAUUUUAUUCUAACAGUUUCUCUUACUUUGCUUUAACAACCUCUAUAAUCGAUCAGCUUUUAGAAGUUGUAAUUUUAGUUUAACUGUGAAUACAGUGUAUGCCUUUCAUUUCUAAGGCAUUUAAUUUGUAAUUCUUCGCAAUUGGUUCUCGCAUGAUAUAAUAUUCCAGUGAGAGCGGUACUUACGCGACAGAAAGAUGACUAAUCUUAAUGAGUAGAAUUAUAAUUGGUGUACUGAUGUGAAGGCUGCAAUCUGACUGACUGUGGCAUCACACACUAUCAGCCAUUAGCUUGCAAAUUGUGGUCAACAAAAUGGCCACGUUUUCUCUUUUCUCCUAAGUUUCCGGAGGAAGAUUUAGAAUUAAGACAAGAAGAAGUUAAAAUUGUUGAAUGAACUGAUGAGCCCACAAACAUUUUCGCUAAGGCGUGAAGUUUAAAACUACUCUAAAUAUAAAG